GGAGGACCGGUGCGGUGGUUCUGUCCGGUAUGAGGGGAAAACAAGUCCAUGCGAAGGCUGUCUGCGAGACCUGAGGAUGGACAGGACGGGCAGCGUCCAGGAGCCCCAGGUCCAGCUCCCAUCAGCCCGUCCAUCGGACCCUCUGCUCCAUCCUGACUCACAUAUGGAUGUGAAGGGUUAUCAGUGGGUGCGUUGGCGGCUGUGGCUGUGUCGUCUGAUGGCGCCGCUAUCCUUGGGUCUCCUCCUCCUCGUCUUUCACUGGCGUCCACGUCUGUCCAUCCUGCUCCGCUGCUGCUCGUGUCCUCUGGCUCUAGCAGAUAUUCUGCUCAUCAGAGACAGUUUUGGUGAGCAGCAUGUGGUGGAGGUCCUCACAGAGGAGAUGGAUGAGGGCAGCUGGGAGAUGUUUGGAGAGAUGGAAGACACCGAAUGGAGAGACAAUGUGGAACUGUACAAGGAGAAGAAAACUCUCCUGCGCUACUACCUGUAUGAGGGGCUGCGCUACGUCUGGUUGGACAGGAAGGGAGCCUACUGUCCAGUCAGUGUCCUCAGUGAGGACUGGACCUGCAAGGACCUGCAUGGAUUCCAAAGGGGUCUGAGUCUGGAGGAGCAGGUCCUAAGGAGACGUAUCUAUGGUCCAAACCUUAUAGAUGUCCCAGUGAAGUCUUACAUGAGGCUUCUGUUUGAAGAGGUCUUGAAUCCAUUUUAUGUGUUCCAAGUGUGCAGCAUCAUCCUGUGGACCAUCGAUAAUUACUAUUAUUAUGCCUCAUGCAUACUGAUUAUCUCCAUCCUGUCCAUUAGUAUUUCACUCCAUGAGAUCCGUAAGCAAAGUACAACUCUUCGUAACAUGGCUCGGUUUGUCACAAAUGUCACAAUACGAACCAACUCAGGAGGAAGGUCUGCUGCUGCCCUGCGACGCCGCACUGCUGGGGGGGGAGUGUCUGGUCAACGAAAGCAUGCUCACAGGUGAAAGUGUUCCAGUGCUUAAAACCAGUCUUCCAUCUGCUGACGGCAGGUUCAGCGCUGACUCUGAGCGCAGACACACCCUGUUCUGUGGUACCCAGCUCAUCCAGGCCAAAGGGGGGCGCUCUGACGGCACCGG